UGCUCGGGUCCCCCGGCUCUCUCUUGGUACUUCCGCGAGCCCUUCGCGCCGCUUUCCAAAACAAAAGCCGACGCGCCCCACCCUCCAUCCUACCGCGAACAGCUCAACCCCUCUGAUAGCGAGCCUUUCGAGGCAUCUCUCCCCCGCUCCUUCCAACUCUACCCCUCCCCUCAGCCACCCGUUGGCUCCUUCCCCGAAUUCCGAGGGCAUUCUCGUCACUCCGCCGAUAUGGUCUCCGUCCGUUCCCGGACCAACGGCGGCGUCUCGUCUUUACCCUCUCCAAAAUUAUAAUUAUUCCCCUCCCACCGCGCCCUUCCGUCAAACCCUAGCCCCAAAUCAACGGCGGUGAUGGCCCCCGAUCUGGUGGACCCCUCCCCACCGCUGACGCCAGCAGGACCCCCCGCGCGAACGUCGGCGCACGCGCUCCCCCGGCGACCCCUAAUCCCUCACGUGCUCCUCACGUCCCCCUCCCCAGCCGGCGCCUCGCCGCUCCCCCCUUUACCCUUUUACUCCCCCGUCCUUUCCCCGCCGUCAGACCGAGGCGAAGCGAGGGAGCGAGAAGGUGGUAGCCGAUCGGCCCAGAUCUAGAGAUUUCUUUUCUUUGUGUUGAGAUUUGACGGCCUAUGGACGGGAGGGAGACGGCUCCGUCACGGCCCCCGAACCCGGCGUUGCCCUACCGCGAGGACUGCUGGAGCGAGGGCGAGACCUCGGCGCUGGUGGAGGCAUGGGGCGACCACUACCUCGAGCUUAACCGGGGUAAUCUCCGUCAGAAGCACUGGCAGGAGGUCGCCGAUGCCGUCAACUCCCGCCGCGGUGCCUCCGCCAGCCGCCGGCCCCCCCGCACAGAUGUCCAGUGCAAGAACCGGAUCGAUACCCUGAAGAAGAAGUACAAGAUCGAGAAGGCCCGGAUCUCAUCCUCCGAUGGUGGGGCGACGAGCCAGUGGACGUUCUAUGAACGCCUAGACGCCCUCAUCGGAUCCGCUGCCCCGGCCAAGAAGCCAUCGCCGCCGCUCGCCCUGCCGCUCCCCUAUCACCGGAAGGGCUCCCCCCUUCCGGCCGCGGCCGCCGCCUUCCGCCCCGCGGACAAGCGCCCGGUGGCCGCACUCGCCGUCGAUGACCCGUCCUUCUUCCGGAGGGCGGCCGCGGCUGCAGCGGCAGAGUCGGCGGAGGACGAGGAGGAGGAGGACUCGGGGUCGUCGUCGACGUCCGGGAGGGGGGGGAGGGGGGCGAGGGAAGGGAAUGGGGACGGGAUCCGACAGCUGGCGAGGGCGAUCACGAGGUUUGCUGAGAUCUAUGAGAGGGUGGAGAGGGCGAAGCAGCGGCAGAUGAUGGAGCUGGAGAAGCAGCGGAUGGAGUUCGCCAAGGGGCUGGAGUUCCAACGGAUGCAGAUCUUUGUGGAUUCCCAGGUCCAGCUGGAGAAGAUCAAGCGAGCCAAGCGAGCAGAUUCUGGUUAAGGAUCCAAUCUUAAACAUAAUCACAAGCUGCACGAUCUGCUCAUGGUCCGCUCCAAAAGGAUCCAUGUUCAAUGGCCCUUGAUCCACAUGAACCACGGGCUAGACCUACUUUGAUAUCAUUUGUAAUAAUCAGGACUUCACCAAAAAAGCUAGCCAAAAGAUUACUUGUAGUUACAUCAGUGGAAAGAUUUAUUAUGGUAUGGGUGGUGGCCCAUGUUGGAAGGUUGUUUAGGUUGGUAGCACUACAUUCCCAUUUACUGGCUGCACGUCGGUGGAUGGUUUGGCGCAUCACCACUGUCAAUUCUUCUAGAAAAGGUUUUUUCAGCUACUGGAGCUCCUUAAAUUGUAAGAAACCAAAAGAGGAAAACCUUCAUAAAUUGUAAAGCAUCACCGAUUACAAUUGUCGGGUUGUGCUAUUAAUGAAUUUUAGAUCAAUGUGAUUAUCAACAUCUUAGGUCAUGUAAUGCAUGUUAAGUUAAGCGUAUGAUCCUUCGGUGAUCUUUGCUGUUGUCUUGGCUCCCUUGCACUGACAUGUUGAUGUGGUAGGAUAAUAAAAGGAAAAAUGAGGCAGGUCU